AUGAGUCCGGAAGAAUUUGACAAGAUAGAAGAUGCACCAACCACCAAAGAUGCUUGUGACACUCUCCAAGUCAAUCAUCAAGGUUCAAGGAAGGUUCAUGAGUCAAGAAUCAAGACAUUGGAAGAUGAACUAAGCCUUUUCUCUAUGAAAAAGGAUGAGAGUGUCAAGGAAAUGUACAAUCGGAUGAAGAAGAUCACAAAUCAAAUCAAGUCACUUGGUGGUGACAAAUGGGGUGAUCGUGAGAUUAUGGACAAGCUCUUGACCGUGUACAUGGCUAGAGAUAAGAGUCAAGAUAAAUCAAGAUUUGGCCGAGUUUCAAGAACAAGCGGCAAAGAACAAAAUAUAGCACUACAAGCAAGCUCCAAGGGCAAAGAGAAAGCAAAUCAAUCAUCCAAAAAUGAAGAAUCUAGUAAUGAUGAGGGUGAUGAGCUUGAUGAUGAGCAAAUGGCUUUGUUUAUCAAGAAUUUUAGAAGAGUCUUUAGAAAGGGAAACUUUCGGAAUUAUGGCAAGAACAAGAGCAAAUAUGAACCAAGAAGAAGAUCUAACAAGCCUUAUUUUGGGUGCAAGAAACUUGGACAUUUCAUUGCGGAUUGUCCGGAAGAGAAGAAAAAGAACAAAGAUGACAAAGAAGGCUCUUCCAAGAGAGAAAGACCAAGAUACAAGAAACAAGCCAGUGAAGCUCACUUUGGUCAAGAAUGGGAAUCACAAGAAGAAAGUGAUUCCGAGAAUGAAGAUGUUGCAACCAUGGCAUUCAAAGCCUCUCCUCAUCAUUCCACUACAUUAUUUGAAGAUCUCACCAAUGAUGAGGAUCAAGAUCAAGUCAUGUGUCUCAUGGCGAAGAAUGUGAAGGUAAAUUCUCCAAACUCAUCAAAUGAUGAACUAGAUGAGGAAGAUGAAGUUGCUAGUCUAAUUAGCCAAUAUAGUAAAAAAGAUGCAACUAAAAUAAUGAAACUAAUGAUGAAAAUGGAUGAGUUAGAAGAAACUCUUGAAUCUCAAGAGGAAUUGCUUAGGAUUGAGAGAGAAACCUCUAAAACUCUUGACAAGGAUCUUUCCUAUGAAAGGAAGGAGAACAAGAGGAUUAAGGACUCUCUCAAAACCAAUGAUAACAUAUUUCUUGAGGUAAGAGAGUUGCUCACUAGUGAAAAAGAGAAAGUGAAUGACUUAACCAAGAAAUACUCCUUGGUAGAGGACACAAAUGCUAACUUGAAAAGUGAAAUUGUGAAACUUCCAGAAAGCUUUACAAGCUUGCAAGCCAUUCAUAAGGCACUUGAGGUUGAGCACAACACUACUCUUAACAACUACUCAAAAGCUAGAGAUAAAUCUAGUUCAUCCAUUCCAUCAACAAAUAAUGGUUGUGCACAUUGUUAUAAUGUUGAUAUUCAAACUUGUGCUAUUAACUAUGUUGAGAUGAAUGCCAUGAAGAAAGAAAUUACUAGGCUCACUCAAUUGUUGCAAGAAGAAAUAUCUCCAAAUGAGUAA